UCUGUCUGUCUGUCGGUCGGUCCAUCUACCUUUCUCUCUAUUUGUUUAGCUAUCUGUCUGUUCAUCCAUCCAUCAAUCCCAUCGGAAUUAUUUUACACUGUGUUUCCUUUGGAUCUGAUAGUAGAGAGUCAGAUUGCAUGUGGGGUGUGAUGCUGAUGUGUGUCUCUCUCUCUCUCUCUCUCUCUCUCUCUCUCUCGCUCUCUCUCUCUCUCUCUCUCUCUCUGUGUCUGUGAUCGUGGACUGAUGGAGAUGAGUUUUUAAUGGGGACUAAAUUUAGAAAGUGAGCUUUUCGGCAGCCAUUUCAGCUUUCAACAACUCUGCAACAGAUGGUGUACACACACACACACACACACACACACACACAGAGAGAGAGAGAGAGAGAGAGAGAGAGAGAGAGAAAGUGCCAUGCAGAGUAUCUGGACUUGAGGAGACCCUGCUGCACCUCUGUGGGAGGUCAUGGUUCGUUGGUGCUUGGACCCCUUGCUGCUUCUCCAGCUCAGAGAGAUUUCUCCUCCCAGCGAGCAGAUUGUGGUUUCCAAAGCAUCCAGUCCUGUCAGCUAUUGGCUGUGCUCCAGAUCUGGGACAGAACAGGAACUCGGGGAAGUGAUCAGCAGAUGCAACCACGUCAAGAUCUGCGCAGACGUCGUCAUCCAUCACACGUGUGCGUCAGACACAGUGGAGGACCGGCUCUCGACCCGCGGCUCAUACUUCACUGCCACCCGAGAGGAGUUCCCAUCUGUGCCCUAUUCCUCCGCCGACUUCAACGAUGACGAAUGCACCAGCGGCGGCGGAAAUAUUGAGAAUUACCCUGACAUUUAUCAGCUAUAAUUUCAGCAACAAUGACAAAUCGGCGGUCGGGAAUGUCAUCGGACAGAGGCGUAAAUAGGUUUGCUUCACUGUAUGAACGUUUCCGCAGGUGUGAAACCGCCGGCCGGUCGCUCUCCGUGACCCAGCGCUGAAGAAAUGGAACGUUCGUCGGAGAGUCAUAGGCUACAUGACCUGGCUAAUGGAUAUGGGCGUGGCUUGGGUGUCCACGUACACACCUGUAAGCACAUAUGGCCCAAGAGACUCCAUAACAUCAACACAGAGUGGUUUCCUGAACACUCCAGGGUUCUUAACGUUAGCAUUAAUGUUGUUGUAAACAGCUAACAAUUACAUAAUAACAAACCAGUUAAAGCACACACUCUGGAAACGAUAAUAAUUACUGAAUUAAAUGGUGAGAUUAAGACACGACGUUUUAUUGGGAAUUUUCUGGAUAUUGUAACCUUUAACAUAUCAUGAAUAAAUGAUUCCGCAUCCAAUUUCACUACAUUCCGCUCUAUU